AUGCCUCAUCUCUGUCCAGCCGGCAACACGUCCCUUACCUCUUCUUUCAACAGCUCCAUGCCCUUCAGCGCAAUGUACGAACCGUACCGCGUUCUCGUGCCCAUCUCCAUCUGGACCACCAUGUUCUCUUUGUUCUUUCAUUCCACCAUCUGCCCCCCACCCCAUCAUCCUCACAUUGAUUGCACAUUGGUAGCAGAUCUGGCCUUGGAGCAAACCCAGUUGGACUUGAAGCACAACGGGGCUGAAUUACACAUCCCGUGUCCCCCAGACACUUGUGCACUCUUUAUCGAGCUACUCUAUGGUGUUCUGGAUUUGGAGUCACUCAGUAUCGGCCAGCGGCUUGCUUUGCUGCGCUGUGCUCACCUUCUUCCCAGCCUCGGCCUGGUUCAGCUCGUGUUACCUGCCAUUCAAAAUGCCCUUCAGCUCGAUAUCUGUCGCCUCGUCUGGCUCACCGCUGUGAACUUGCACUCCACACCGCUUCAAGACGCGGUCCAAAACUACCUCCUUCGCCAGCUGGCUGAUCCGACCCCUGCCGCACUCGCUGCCGCAGCUGCUAUGCCCAUCACCUUCCUCGAAGCUUGGAUACCACAUCUGCCUCACGACACCUUGGCUAGGCUAGCGACCCUUGUCGCUCGUCGUCAGCCCCCGCCCACCACGGAGGCCUUGCUUCGGUUGCUCCAUCCACUCUCGCCAGGUGCAACCACGCCCACGCUUCGCAGCUCUUUGGACACGGCACUCUGCGAGGUGUUUGGCCCCGAGCAUGUGCACGUGGCUUACUUGCGCGAUAAAAGCGCAGCAUCGUCCCAAACAGGCUCUGACGUGGCCCGAAAAGAACAUCGAGAGCCUGCACAAAGCGACAGAUUUGAAGCGGACGAGACAGAUGGGCACGCAUCGUUUUUGUCCGAGACAGAUGGCGCCAGCGAAGUGUCCAGCACUCCAGGCCAUCGAGCCCCGCGCCGUCGUAUGCGGCGCACCACGAGCCGUCGCCAACUGCCCAUGACACCAUCUUCCAUAGCUGGGGUAUCACCUAGUUCGGCACACACCCGACGUCUUCCGUCGCGCACAGCCGUCUCCAGUGAUACUCAGGGUGUCCGUGAGUUGAGUGGUGGUACGGCCACGCCUUCGGUCGUGCCACCCGCUACAGUCCGCACCUUUCACAUUGGGGUUCAGGUCAAUUUGCUCCCUGCUCCCGCAGUAGAGGCUGCUGUCUUGGCAUCUUGUCGUGGACACGGUGAAACAUUGGAAUUGAUUGAUCCGGUCCUGCAUUGGGGAACCAUGGCGGCUGCAGCUGCCUCGCCCGUCUUCCCAGCCUCCCCGGCACCCGACGCCGGCCAUAUCACACCCGCAACGCCUUCCAUUCCAGCCCCGCCCGAAUACGACCGAGACGUGCCGCCCGACACACCUUCCAAUGCAUGGAUGCAACAAGUUGAUGAUGUGCCUCCCCCUUCCCCCUGGGCCAAACGUCGCGGUCCUUUGCGGCUCUUUUCUGCCGAGGCAGAUGCAACGAUGAUCAGCGAUGCCGAGUCACAGGUUCCACCCGAAGAAGAACCUUUUCAAAAUGUCAUGGCAGGCCUCCCAUCCCCAACGGCCUUGGGUCGCUCCCUGUCUCGCUUUUCCGAUGAUGUGACUCAUGUGGAAUGGACUCGGUUGCACUCACGACCUCCAUCAACCUUACCCGCCGAUAUGGACGCGGACGCCGACCCGGAGGCAGCCAUGCUGGAUGAGGCCUCGAACAUGAAGAGCAAACAGGAAGAUUCUUCUCCACCACCACCGUUUGGCAAAGACGUGCGUGAUGCCCGCACGACGACCACAGGCCUGCUGGCGCCAGAGCAGGAGGCUCCGACAAAUGCUGGUUCUCGACACGCACCUUUUGAACGAAUUGCGGAAGAAGCAGAAGCACGAUCGUCUGAUGAACACGUGCUUUCUCGUACGACCUCAAUCUGCAGUGCCAGCACAGGAGAGGGGGAGCGCCGCACCAAGCUGUCGGCUAAGCGCAUACGUCGCCUCUCCACAAACUCACUGGAGAAGGAGAACAUUGACGGCGAGUUUUCGCCGUCCAUUCCUGUCAGCACUAUACAACCUACAGGAUACUCCGAGCCCAUAAUCGCCGCAGAGACAGCAUCAGAGCCCGAACCUACCGGCCCCACCGCAGACAAGCCAGUGCCCAGUCUUGUGGUGUUGGGUGGGGAUGGCAUGCAUGGGAUUGCACGAUCAGUGCAGUAUUACCACAAUGGCUCACAGGCCUGGGUGCACCUGCCAGAGACUACACAGGCUCGCCUACGCAGCGCCUGUGCAGUUGUCGAAAACCGCAUCUAUGUUUUUGGCGGUGAUCACGCGCACGGCACCGCGGAAAUGCUUGACCCACUGGUGCACCAAGAAUGGCAGCCCAUUGCCCCCUCUAAAUUUUGCGUAGCUGGUAGUGCUGCAAGUGUUGUGGGUGGUCAGGUGUACUUGCUAGGCGGUGUAUCGCCUGAGCAAAGAGUUCUCGACUGGGCAGCACGCUACGAUCCCAUCGCAAAUACCUGGCAUGCCUGUGCACCCUUGCCCAGCCCUGUGUGCAUGCAUGGCCAGACCGUCAUUGCGGAUCGAUAUAUCGUGGUCGUGGGUGGCGUGGAUGGUGACCGCAAGGCGUCUCGCGGCGCAGCCGUCUACGACACACACCGUGACUCCUGGCAUCCGCUGCCUCAGCUUUUAACGCCACGGUCGCGCUGUCAAGCUGUCACCCUCUCAGGGAUCGUUUACGUGCUGGGCGGUCUGUCUGCCUCUGCUGCAGCGCUAAAUGCAGUCGAAACGUUGCCGACGCGUACAAUCCUGGCAUGCAUUUCCUCGCUUCGCGACCACAAGUGGCGGCUAGGCAACCCGAUGCUGCAAGCCCGCUAUAAUUUUGCCGCGGUCACCAUCUUUGAUCGAAUCGCAAUUCUUGGAGGUUCCAGCCCCGCCAUCGAUCUGCACGAUGCAGAUGCUGUCCUGCUAUACGACCCAAAGCUCUUGUUUCGGUCGCCGGUGAUGAGUCGCUACACUCACUGUUGUGUGGUCGCACGAGAGCAGGCUGAUUUGUGGGGCUAUCAGAAUUUAAAUGUGGCUCGCAACCUGCAGCUGGGCACCAAGCAGGCUGUUCGACGUGCAAGUCGCAUGCGAACCAAGGCUUCUUUAGGACGCUCACUCAUGUCCACCUUGGGGGUGCGCAGUAAGUUGGCGGCCGGUGUCAUCAUGUUGCCAGCCAACCAGCCACUGCUGAAGAGCGUUAUGGCCGAAGUGGAGGCAUUCGAGCGGGACUUUGGCGUGGUCAACAUGCCUUCAGGAGCCAGCACCGUUUACGCCAUCAUCUGCAGCUGCGAGCGUGCCAGUGGGGUCAACGUGAUGCUGGCCAAGGUGGUUCCGCAGCUCGGGAACUGGCGACUGUACGACGAGAAAACGGAUGGUCAAGAUGGCUGGAACCUGUACUGGCGAAGCAACUCCUUUGUGUCAUACAUGAUUACGCGCAAGGACCUGCUCUGUCGGGCCAUGCGCAAAAUGCGCAAGGUCUAUGGUGCGGCAUACAAUUUUGCCCCCGAGAGCUUUGUUCUGCCAACGGAUCUGAGCAAGUUGGAAGCGCGGAUGGCCGAGGAUCCAUCGCAGCUGUCUCGCGGCCGAGGCAUCUACCUCUUCCGGACUCGCGACCGCUUGCAGUACGACCAAAACAGCGUGGUGCAGUCGUAUAUCGAUCGGCCCUUGCUGAUCAAAGGGUUCAAGUUUGAUCUGCGAAUUUAUGUCCACGUUACCAGCUUCAGCCCCCUGACCGUCUACUUAUACCGUAAAGGAUUGGCUCGUUUUGGCACGGCCAAGUACUCGGCUGAAAACAUUGAGAACGUUUGCGCCCACCUGACCAAUACUUCUAUUAACAAAUUAACGCCAAACAUGAGCAGCGAGCUGCCAGACAUGGGUGCUGGGUGUAAGAGCGAGGGGUUUGAUGAUCGCAACAUCUGGCGUCGCAUCGGCAACCUCGCGGUGUUAAGUAUUAUGGCCUUGAUCGAGGAGUGUCCAGCCAACCCGGGCUGUCGAGAGCUCUUUGGUUUUGAUGUCCUGAUUGAUGAAGCGCUGAAGCUGCAUCUCAUUGAGGUCAAUUUUGGUCCGGCGCUGGCGCUGGAUUCGGAUCAAGAUCGAGACGCCAAGAUUCCCUUGAUUCGGUGA